UUUGAUGACGCACCACCAAUGACAACCCCCGUGAAUAACGCGUUGACUGUAGUGACCUCUCUUGUCCUAAUAUCCACGCAACUUAAGUACUUUUGAAACAGAUGAAAUUCCCUUGGUUACUUUAUUCGUGCAUAUAGUUUAGUUUUUCCCUUCGCUUGUCGCGGAGUCGAGUCUAACCGGACAAGAUGCGUCUCACGCUGCAGAUGAUGAUCUCUCACGGCCGGGUGGCCCGGAAGAUGGGUCUGGGUCCGCAGUCCCGGAUCAAUAUGCUGCGGAACAUUUUGACAGGACUGGUCCGACAUGAGAGGAUAGAGACCACUCUGGCCCGAGCUGAUGAAGUCCGCUUCUACGCUGAAAAGCUGAUCGACUAUGCCAAAAAGGGAGACACUGAUGAGAAGGCGAUGAAAAUGGCAAGCUUUUGGCUGACGGAGAAGGAUCUGGUCCCAAAGCUCUUCAAGGUCCUCGCUCCACGGUUUGAGACUAAGUCUAACAGCUACACACGGAUGGCACGCAUCCCAAGCAGACAGAACCUGGACAAAGCCAAGAUGGCCGUCCUGGAGUACAAAGGCAAUCCCUUCCCUCCUCUUUAUCCUGUUAAAAAGGAGAAUGAACUCACUCUAAUCAACCAGCUGCUGAAAGGCUACAGAGAGGAGAGGGCACAACAGUUAGCUGCCAAAUCUUAAUUAGAAGAAGACACUGGCAGAUGCUGCUGACUGUGGCUCAUAGAGGCUUGUGUAGAUCUUCACUGGGAAGAACAGUUGUUUCCAGAGUCUGGAGUCGAGAUUUUUCUGUUCAAGGACAAUUGAGAGAUUAUGUAUCAAUAAAUAUUUUGUAA